UCCACCAUCAUGGGUCAGAAGAUCUCAGGGAGCAUCAAGUCGGUGGACGUGCGCGGCGGCGAGCCCUCCUUCCGGCCGGUGCGGCGCGAGCUCCGCGGGCCGGACUUCUGCCGCCCGGCGCGGCUGGACCUGCUGCUGGACAUGCCGUCGGCGGCCGGCGACCUGCAGCAGCGGCACGCCUGGAACCCGGACGACCGCUCGCUCAACAUCUUCAUCAAGGACGACGACCGGCUCACCUUCCACCGGCACCCGGUGGCGCAGAGCACCGACUGCAUCCGCGGGCGCGUGGGCUACACGCGCGGCCUCCACGCCUGGCGCGUGCACUGGCCCUCGCGCCAGCGCGGCACCCACGCGGUGGUGGGCGUGGCCACGGCGGGCGCGGCGCUCCACUCGGUGGGCUACACGGCGCUGGUGGGCAGCGACGGCGAGUCCUGGGGCUGGGACCUGGGCCGCAACAAGCUCUACCACGACAGCAAGAACCGGCCGCCCUCGCAGGCGCCCAGCUACCCGGGCUUCCUGGAGCCCGAGGAGGCCUUCGCGCUGCCCGACGCGCUCACCGUGGUGCUGGACAUGGACGAGGGCACGCUCAGCUUCAUGGUGGACGGACAGUACCUGGGCGUGGCCUUCCGCGGCCUCAAGGGCAAGAAGCUGUACCCCAUCGUCAGCGCCGUGUGGGGCCACUGUGAGAUCACCAUGAGAUACAUCAACGGCCUGGACCCGGAGCCUCUCCCUCUGAUGGACCUGUGUCGGCGGGCGGCUCGUCUGGCGCUGGGCCGGGAGCGGCUGCAGGAGAUCGAGACCUUGCCUCUGCCCCAGUCCCUUAAGAAUUACCUCCAGUACCAGUGAACCCGGGGCACACCACACCCAGCUGGACCGCACCCUACCGUACCGUACCAUGCAGACCGCAGGAGGGAGGGAGGGAUGGAGGGAGGAGAGGGAGGAGAGGGGGGGGUCGCCGCUCAGCCCCAUGGGAUAUGUUUACAUUCACGAGCUGCCAAUGGCACUCGCUGGUGGGAUACCUGAGCUCCCCUGUUUUUAAUCAGUACUAGGGAGGUUUUUAUGCUCUCUCUCUCUCUUUAUUUUUUUCCUUCCGCUCUGUCUCUCUUUCUCUCCCUCUCUCACCAUUUCUCUUUCUUGCUUCUACCUCUCUCCCUCUUGAGUCUUUUUUUUUAUUUUUUAAGUUAUUGAUGGCUGUGACUUUGAGGAGGGGGGCAGGGGUAGGGAAGGAGGUGGUUACGUUACGUCACGGCACCGUGGCUGGUUGCCGUGGAGACGCCUGAGGUGCCGUGGGGAUGGACAGGAAGCGAGAAGAGACUGGAGUGGGUGGUUAUGAGCAUGCUCAGACAGCACACUAACCUUGGGAGGCCUUGUUUUUUUCGAGAAGAAAACCAAUCCAAAACCUCACCGUCCGUACUGAAACCAAACGAAACCGAGCCGUACUGGCCUGAACUGACGUGAACUGAACUGAGCUGGACGGAACUCUCCGUAUGGUAUCAGGAUUGGCUCGCAGUUCCUCGAGCCUCCACCAGAGGCACUACAGGACGUGUGUCCUCCCCUGCCAGCUCCUCUGUAGGGGACUGGGCCACAUCGGGACAAAGCAAGUCCAGAGGUCCAGCUCACUGGAGAGACACAUCAAAGACCUUCAGCUCCUCUACCCUGGCAGGAGCUGCACACACACACACACACACACACACACACACACACACACACACACACACACACACACACACACACACACACGCAAGCAUAUCCAUAUGCAUACACACAUAUGCCCACAUAGCAGCCAUUAUAGGGUCCAGGGAGGAUGUCUUUGUCUUCCCAGUAUGUACCGUUACACAUACACAUGUAAGUACACUAAAAUAUGCACAACAGACAGACAAACACACAUGAGUACACCCUCUCAAAGAGCUUAAGUCACUUUUUUAUUCCUAAGUUUCUACCCUUGAUUGGAUAAUGUGUGCAUUUUAUUUUCUGAUUCUGAUGACCAUGAUGAUGACGAUGACGAUUCUGUUUAUGCUGUCUAUUAGUAUGAUGUUUAUUUAUGGGGAACUAGUUCCUUUUUAACUGAAUGAUCGUGGGACCGUGCAGACCAACUCUGUAUUGCUGUGGCAGACCUUCACAUCUUUCAGCUGAGGCUUUUUUACUGGAUGCUGCUUUUAUUAUUAUUAUGACUUAUUGUUAUGAUUAUGACAUUAUUAUUAUUAUUAUUACAUUAUUAUGACUUAUUAUUAUUAUGAUUAUUAUUAUGACUACAUCUACUACCACAUCUCUCACAGACUGUCUGCCUAUAGGGGUGGUGUGUGUGUGUGAGUGUGUGUGUGUGUGCGUGCGUGUGUGUGUGUGUUAGGCAGUGGAAUGUAUGGACAGGACUGCCCUCAGCAUAUCAGCUAUGUGAAUAAAGGCCAAGUUGAAUGAA